GCCCGGAGGAGCGCCUAUCUGAAGUCCAACACCCGUCCAGGCACCGGCUCUCCGCCGCUCGAAGCUUCUCUCUUCUCACCGGAAUCUCGAGAGCACAGCGCCGCCCCGACGACGAGAUCCCUCACCGGCGCCGCCGCCGCCGCGGCCAGGAGGCCGAGGGGCCAUGACGACCAUCCGCCGGUUCUGCUGCGACGACCUCCUCCGCUUCUCCUCCGUCAACCUCGACCACCUCACCGAGACCUUCAACAUGUCCUUCUACAUGACGUACAUGGCUCGCUGGCCCGACUACUUCCACGCCGCCGUCAGCCCCGGGGACCGCGUCAUGGGAUACAUCAUGGGUAAGGUUGAAGGACAAGGUGAAUCUUGGCAUGGACAUGUUACAGCAGUGUCUGUUGCCACAGAAUUUCGGAGGCAGAAGCUAGCCAAAAAACUUAUGAACCUUUUGGAGGAAAUCAGUGACAAGAUGGAUAAGGCCUACUUUGUGGAUCUCUUCGUAAGAGCAUCUAACAUGCCAGCAAUAAGGAUGUAUGAAAAGCUUGGCUAUGUGGUUUAUCGAAGGGUGCUCCGCUAUUACUCAGGGGAAGAAGAUGGCCUUGAUAUGAGGAAAGCUUUGUCACAAGACGUUGAAAAGAAGUCCAUCAUACCACUGAAGAGACCAAUAACACCGGAUGAACUUGAAUAUGAUUGAAGUUAACUUCUAGUUACUUCCAGUGUUUUGUUUGCUGUUAACUUCUAUGGUGAUUUGCCAAGUGUCUUUUGUCUCCAGUAGUAUCAUCUAGUGAUCGUGCUGUUUUCUUUUCUGCAUCCUGAUAAGAUUCAACAUAACUCUGAAGGUGAUUCUAUCGUUUUGGAAUGGAAUGCAGCACUUAGUAAGUAGUCUAUCUUGGAAUGAGGUGCUAUCUUGUAACCAUACCGUUAUUUUCUUGUAUCGAGGAGUUCCACGUCUGUAUCAUUAGCC